AUGCACCUGAUUCAUCGUCUUCAGAUCUUCGAGAUGGCUCGAGAUGAGACGGGACGGUUAGUUCAAGUGUUUCUCAACUUGAGUCUUUGUAGUUUGACCGAUCCGAAAUUUCGGAGGCAGAACAGCACUCGAAUGGAAGGAUUUGGCCAGGCUUCUUUCACAGGAGGCUCUAUUCAGUGGGAGGAAAUGGAACAGAAGUGA